AUGGUGGCCGGUGAUGUGGCAAUGAAAGUCACCGCUACCCAAGCUGGGGACCCAUGGAGUGGGUUGGGCGUUGUCGCUUCGGGCACGUUGGCGACGCAAUUAGAGGCCAUUGCGCUCCCAAGGAAACCAGUACGGGCAAGAGGUUACUUGGUACUCGAGAAUACGCCCUGGGAGUGCAGAAGAAGACAACAGCAGUGA